AUAUAUAUACUGAAUAUGAAAAAAAAUGAAUGUUUAGAUUUUUCAAUAUAUUUGGAGUGAACUAUUUCAUCUGUUUGUAAAUCGUCUUUAAAAUUAUUAAAGAAAUCUUUAAAAAGUAUGAAAUUUAGUUGAAUCUUUCAAUUGUCGAUUGAUUGCUUAAACGCAAUCAUAGACAUCAGUAGGCCACAGUAUAGACAUUUGUUGUUCUGAAUGUUGUGUGUUGUAUAAAUUGGAAUUAUAUGUACCUAUUACAUACUUAUUUACAUAUGUUUUUCUGAAAUUUAUUUUUCUUAUUUCUCAUUUGAUAUUGCACAGUAGUUAAAUCGAUUCAUAAUAACUAUUUCUUAUGUAUGAAGUAAUUUGAAAUCAAUGGAGGUACAAGAUAUAUUCCUGUAAUAUUUUUGCUUUAUGUGAGUUUUUGUGUAUUUUUAUGAUAGAUUAUACUGUACUAUUUUCUAUCAUUUGAAAUAGAAUUACAUGUCAUUAUUACAAUUAAAUCAGUGUGAUGCUAUUGCUAAAAAUCUCCAAGUUGUGUAAUAAAGGUUAGUUGUAUAAAUGAAUUUCUAUAGAAGUAUUCAUUGAAUACAUUUACUGACUGUAUACAUUUAAGAAAUAAGAUAACAGUGAUGCAAGAAAACAGAUAAAUGGUUAGAACAUCAUUUGGAGAAAGGAGUAUCCAUACUUAGCGACAUAUUUAAAUAAAAUAACAAAAAAGGUAAUGCUAACAUCAUCAGCAAUGCCUUCCACGUCGAUAAGUAGUUCUAGAGUACCAAGUCCCAUCAGUGACACAUUUGAUGAAAAUCCGAUGAUUAACUGCAUAUUGCAUCAGCUUGCUGGAUGUUAUGAAACAGAAGAUAAUGUACUUGCAAAAGAUCAUUGUUAUGCUCGACCAUGGAAUUGGAAACCAGAAAAUGUUUAUGUGAAACCAAUAAAACAAUUAUUUUUUUCAAAGAAAUCUUCAUUAACAGAAAAACUUAUUCAGGAUGAAGAAAUUAUUAUAGACGAAGAGAGUAACGAAUCAUCGGUACUGCCGAUUGAUUUUACAAGAGCUAGACAUCAAAUGGAUGAACUUCAACGGUUAGCAAAUUUUGCUCGACCGGAUGAGAAUGAAGAUUGGGAAGAACAACUUGAUAAAAUUUUAUGGACACCUGUUCAAAAUCGAAUAUUUACUAAAGUUCUUAUAUUUAAUUCGGAAAGACUUGCGAGAUUAGCUAAAGCUAAUGGUCCAAUAGAACCAAUAAACCGGCGAACAUCGGUUGAUACAGCUGCCAGAAGAUUUCGGGAAGCAUUGGCAUCAGCCGGUUGGGAUUGGAGACUUGCACAGUGGCUACAUAAUCUAUUGUUUGAUCAUCUUCCUCAGGAGUACCUUGGGAUUUAUCUUGAUAUAUUACAAAUAAGACUGAAAAUUCCUCAACUUAUUGAUAAGAUGAUUGCUGUACAACCAAAUAUUAAUGCAAAAACAGGUUCUAUAACAUGGGAAACUCUUGGCUCACUUAAACGAACAUGGGAUCCGGUUAACCCAAUUUUAAACAUCAACAGACUUAAAAAAUUACCAGGAAAUCCAAUUUUGAUAAUAGUUCCUUCUGGAGUUGGAUCUAGUAUGUCUUCUACACAUAAAUGGAUUUCACAAUUGGGAGCUUUAGGAAAUGGGUUGUUUACUGUUCAUACUCAUUUAGGUUUGGCAGCUAGAAUGACCAUGAUGGUGUAUGAUCAACUAGUUCAAGCUACUAGAACUAAAAUACAAGAUAUUAGGAGCGAUUGUCCUGGGACCAUAAUUCUUGUUGGUUUUAAUACUGGUGCUGCCUCUUGCAUGUCAGCACAAAUGGAACAUGUAACUGCAGUUAUUUCUCUUGGUUUCCUUUACUACAGUCCGAAAGGAAAAAGAGGUACACCUGAUGACACAUUAAUGAUAUACGAUGUCCGGUCAUGUUUUGUCAUAGGACAAAAUGCUACACUUGUGACCGAUGAUUUAGAAGAUCUUAGAGAAAAAAUGUGGUUAACAAGUUUAGUAGUAGUUGGAACUGCUGAUGAUAAUUUAAGAAUUUCUACCGCAAAAAAGAUAUCAGAAGGUAUUACUCAAAGUAUGGUAGAUAGAUGCAUCUUGGAUGAAAUUGGAGAUUUUGUAGGCACUAUUCUUUUGCAACCACAUCCACUACCAUUAAGACCGAUGUCAUUGUCAAAUUAUGAGAAUAAAAACAAUAGAAAAGAAUCACGAAAACGAAGAAAUUCUACGAGUAGUUCCGUUGAAAGCGAACCAAAUUCACCGACUAUAAAAAAGUCUCGACCAACUACGCCUAUUUCGACAACAGUAUCUGUUGGACAAAAUACACCAUCUACUACGAUUUCUAGAGUAGGAACAUUUAAUACCCAGUCAAAUUUAAUUGCAGUAGGUGGAACGCAUACAAAUCAUACCCAGACCGUAAAACGAAAACCCCGAGUUAUUAGUAAUCAAAAAGCACAUUUUGUAGAACAUUUAAUAACGUCUAGGCUUUCUGGACAGCCAAAUUCAAAUUCUGACAAUGGUGGUAUAACAUUAAACAUUGGUUCAUUAGCAAGUUUAGCGCCUAUUGGUCCAAUACGACUAGCUCCAGCAUCAACAGAUCAAACUGUACUUAAUACAACAAAAAAUAUUCAAUCUUCGAUUGCAUCAACUAAAGUGUCUAAAAUUGUACCAUCAAAUGUACAAUUACAAAACGUUUCAAAAUGAAAGCAAUUGUAUCGUCAAUAAGGUUUUUCUAAAGUAAUAUCAAGUAACUAUAGGCAUCUUAAUAUUCCUGACCAAAAUGGGGAUACAAAACUGGUUAAUGUUCUAACAACGGCAGGAAAUCAAAUUAGGGUCACUACUACAACUACUUCAGCGAUACAUAGCAAGCCAACAAUUGUUACGUCAAAUGGAAAUUUAUCAAAUAUUCUGCAAAAUGGCAAAAAUUCCUUUACACUUACGAAUAGUUCUUCACCUGCACGUGUGUCAGCAGCUUCCAGUAUUUUACUCACACCAAAUAAUUCUAUGGCUGUUAAUGCAACAUCAUCUACAUCGACGAUAUCAAAAGUGAUGGACGACAUGGCAACAACCAGUAGCUCUUCACAUGUGAUGCUCAGUUCUACUCAGUCAUUGGACACGUUCAAGAUGUCACAAUUACCUCGUCAAGUAACAACCUGUAACAACAACAAUACCUCUCAUAACACAUCAUGUGGAAAUGUAAUUAUGGUUGAAAGUUCUCUUAAUACUAAACCUGCUUGUUCAUCGGUGAUAGUUCCAUUAAAUAGUCACAAUUCAGGGACUAUUCUGCCACUAUCUAACAAAAUAAAAGUUACCCAUAAAUCUACCAAAAGUAUGCCAAAAAUUACGGUCAAUACAUCUAAUUUACAAAGAAUUCAUAAGCCUCAAACAGUACAAAAGAAUUCUCUUGUAAAUGAUAUAGAUGAUGAAUUAGGAAACAUAUUAGAUAUACCAAUAAUAUUUGCAAAAGAUGAUGACAAUUUAAAUUCUAUUGAGAAAAAUCCUCCUUUAUCACAAACAACUAUGUCUCUGGACGUUUAUGAAAAAAAUACAUCUAAAUUAAGCAGUAAUACUAAAGUUGUCCUUAUAAGUAACAAACAAGACAAGUUGCAACAAACAGCUAAAUUUGUAACACCUUCUACCCAAGCUAUUAUAUGUCCUAAUGUUCCUGUACAAAAUUUAAACCAUGUAAUAUUACAGACCAAACCUCAGAACCCUACUAUAUCUAAAACAAAAACUACAAUCCCAAUACAAACUCGAACCAAUCAACCUACUGUCAAGUAUACCAAAAUAAUUCUUGCAAAAAGAAAUUCUCAAUUAAUCCAUCAGAAUGAUAAAAAUGAACAAGUUAUUGUAACAAAAACAACUGAUAAAGUUAACACAUCUAAAUUAUUAAAUCUUGACAAAAAUGAGCAUAGAUAUACACAAAUCUCAUCAAAACAGUUACCAAAGAAUGAUGAUAAUUUUAUAGAUGAAACAUUAGAAAUAGAAGAUGCUAUAAAAAUGAAUAUUAUAGAACGUAAACAUACACCUGUUGAUCUACCUUCACAAAUUAGUGGUAAUGCAAAUGAAAAUUUAACUGAAAUAAGAUUGAACGAAAAUGAAGAAAAUAAUUCACAAUGUUCCGAUGAUAUAAUGAACUUGCAAAUUUAAAAUGCUUAAUUCCGAAUAAAAAUGUAUACGUGUAUCAAAAACAUAAUUAUAUAAAAGUUGAAAUUUUAUAAUGUUAGUAACAAAACAUGGCUGCUUCUUUCUAGCUUUUUAGUAAAUAACAAACAUAUAAUAUGCAGAUUGAUAACAAUAAU